CAAAUGGAAUAUCAUAUACUCACGAGAAUUGCUUCCUGCUCAAGUGAAGGAGCCAAUGAGACUGCCCACCUCACAUAUGCAUAUGCUCCCACCUCCCUGUAUAAGAUCACAGAAAGAUCUGGCAAAGACUCUUUCCAACGCCACCACGCCAUUGCUGCAAUUCUCGCAACCUUUCUACCUCUCCACUCAAUCAUAGCAUAGCACCUGGAACAAUUUCAUGUGCAAAUCUAGAUUGAUUAGUGGUUGCAAUCUCGUUGGGUGAUUCGAUCGAGGCUACCAGUGUGCUACUACUAGCACUUGGAUUUGCCGGUGCAAGUUUUUCUCUCUCUUUUUGAAAGCCAUGGAGGCGGUGGAGGAAGCCAACCGGGCCGCCGUGGAGAGCUGCAAGAAGCUCGUCGCCGUGCUCUCGCUAUCCGGCGGCGACGCGUUCCGGCCUAUGCCUGUGGCCGCGGAGACCGACGAGGCGGUCGCCCGGUUCGGCAAGGUGGUAGCCGUCCUGAGCGGCAGGCUCGGCCACGCCAGAGCAAGGGUUGGCAAGAGGAGCCCGGCGCCUCCCGUCGUCGAUGCAAGCUGCCUCUUGGAUCACCCGUCCUUGGCAGUGGCACCGCGCCACACUCCCAACGGCGGCCACCUGCUGCUCAGUGCAACUACUCCUCCUCUGCCACCUCUGCCACCGCAUCUGCUGCCUCCAGCUAGUAUGGCGAUGCGAAGCGCUGCGGUACCGAUGACGAUGAGAAGCCAAGAAGCGGCACCGGCGCCGGCGGUGCUGCUGGUGCCGCCUUGUGCCAGCAACGUUACACUGACGCCGGCCAAGAAGUUCGACCGGAGCAUGUUCCUAGAGACGCCGCUGCUGGAGCUGAACUCCUGCGGCGUGCCUCCCUCGCCGUCGGCGUCGCCAGCCAUGGCCGCGGUUCAGAGGAACAGCACGAAGGUCGCGGCGGCUGUCCCCGCGCCCAAUCCUUGCACCAGCGCCCCGCGCAUCCAGUUCCAUCCGCCGCACCAGCAGCAGCAGCAGGCGGCGAAGAAGCAGAAGAGCUUCCAGUUCGACCAGACGCCGAGCGGCGAGCAGUUCCACAUCGAGGUGCCGGUGCCGCUGCCCCGUGCCGCCCCCGCCGCCAAGGAGGUGAUCAGCUUCAGCUUCGACAACAACUCGGUGUGCACGUCGUCGGCGGCGACAUCCUUCUUUACGUCCAUCGGCAGCCAGCUGAUCAGCAUGUCCGACGCCGCGACGAGCUCCGCCGCCACGGCGAAGAAGGCGUGUGGCAAGAGAGCGGAGGACAGCAGCGGCGUGAGGUGCCACUGCCCGAAGAAAAAGAAGCCGAGGGAGAAGAGGGUGGUGAGGGUGCCGGCGAUCAGCGACAAGAACGCCGACAUACCAGCGGACAACUACUCUUGGAGGAAGUAUGGGCAGAAACCCAUCAAAGGCUCUCCUCACCCAAGGGGAUACUACAGGUGCAGCAGCAAGAAGGACUGCCCGGCGAGGAAGCACGUGGAGCGGUGCCGCAGCGACGCCGCCAUGCUGAUCGUCACCUACGAGAACGACCACAACCACGCGCAGCCGCUGGACCCCUCCGUGCUCACCGCCGCGAACGCGGAGGCUUGAGAGCCCGUCCGACGGAUCGGAUUCGGAGCCUCUGCCAGCGUCGUGCUUGAGCGACGCCGCCAUUCUUUUCAUUGAAAACAAGAUGUACAGUAGUGACAACUUGAGUGCGUUUCACUGCUUCUGUUUCUCCGUGUCUGUUUAGAUGAAAUCCAUUCAGAUGAGGCCUCUUGUUUAAUCUGUGCAUGCCAAAGAGGCAAAGACCAACCAGAUUCCAAUCAUCAAUCGUUGUACGCU